AUGCCAAUUUUCCAAAAUAUAAGAUCAUGCGUGCGUCGAAAGCAAGGGGUUACGCGGAGACCGACAAAAAUCCACUUUAACGUUAGAAUGGUUGACGCGUUUAAGUCUGAGAACGUCGCUUCUCAAUUAAGGGAUCUCCUCGUCUAUAUAGCUCGGGAAGGUGUUGCAGUGACCGAUCUGUUUCGGCGUCCCGGGAACCUUCAAUCAAUUAAGAAAAUAAUAGCUGAUUUGGAAUCUGGACGACCUAUUAAUUGGACUGACUAUAAUUUUUACACACUCGCAAAUAUAGCAAAACGGUUCCUCCUUCAUAUCGAAGGCGGUAUUCUUGGGGAAGAGGCGGAAGAAGCAUUACUUAAAGCACUGGAGAUUCCUGAUAUCGAUGCUCGUAAUGCACAAAUGAAAUUGAUCAUAACGUCACAACCGAAGACCGUUCAACAGCUUCUUACUUUGCUUUUCGGCACGUGGUUCAGAAUGAUUUACCACACUGAAGUUAAUGCUAUGUCUGUUGAAGCCGUGGCAAAAUCUGUAGCCGGAUCGAUAUUUCCUAGCUGUACAUAUUCACCGGAAAAAGUGGAAAAGGCCUCAAAGGUUAUGGAAGUUCUAAUCGUCGGUUUCGCCUCGACGGAACUCUUCGGCCGCGAGCUAAUUGAGUACUUCACGCGCGAGACUAAGACGAGUAUUUCGAGGGUGGAGAAAUUCAAGUACGAGUUCCGCUUCCCAAAAAACGUUCCCAAGCCUCGCUCCACUCAAAUGUUCCGCCAAAUGUUGAUUGAGGAGAGCAAAAAGCAUGGAUUUGAUAUUCUCAAGGACGAAGUCACUAGGGAGGAGUUCGAGCUAGCAAGUCAGCCGGUUACCUACGCCAGCCCCCAGCAGUCCACCGCCGCCGCCGUCUCCGCAGGCACUGAAUCGAAUGGCCCCAGGCCAGCUGUCACCCCGUCCACUCCGAGCUUCCGUGUCCCGCUCGCCCCCCUCCAGCCCACAACCCAGUCCCCUGUUCCCUAUGCGCCUCGCUGCCUCCUCGACGAGACUGCACAGGGUACAGACGAAGGCGAGGACGCCGACAUCCUGAUAGAUCGUGUGCAGCAGUACUCCGAGAAACGGACUUGCAUCACCGCAACCUCCACCAGUGUGGGCGACCCCCGCUUCCGCCGACGCGACAGCAGCGGCGUGGGGGAGGAGGAGGAGGAGCGCAUCUCCAGCCUCGGCUGCCGUCAGUACGACUCGCUCUCUGAGAUAGCCGACCUCCCCGAGGUGCAGGAUCGUUCUCGGUACACCUUCGGGCUGACAGCUGCUUUGGGUGUUAUCUCCGCUUGGAGAAGCCGCGUAGUCGGUUUCGGCGACGAUGUGUCUGGGUGCAGGGAUCUGCAGAAGCUUGUUUUGCCCUUUUCCGAGUUGAUGUGUGCGGUUCGGUUGCGCUCACCACCACGCCUACCGGUCUUUCACUCGACUGCGCGUCAGCACUCUGCCGUGGCAGUGUGUCUGUUGCUAUGGCAGCCGGUGCCUCUUCACGGCUGUCACCGAAUGCCUCUCGUUAUUGAUGCAGGUCACGUCUGCAACGGACGCUCUCUGCUCACGAUAAUGCAGGUGGUGGAGGUCACAUUACUGUUGAAUCCAAUAUGUGAGUUCUUCGUUCCCGGCUCAGCGACCUACGGAUCGUGUUUCAAUUCCGUCAAGAAGAAACAACUGGAGCGUCUGCAGAAGCGCUCGGAUUGGUUCCUCAGCCCGCCAGCUGGCCUUCGGAAUUCUGGGAUGAUGCGCGUCGACUUGCCCACCACGCCGGGUAUCCCGCGGUCGCCACAACGGGGGUUCAACUUUGUCGCGCCACGCCUCUUGCUCUCCCUCACUCUCUCCCGCCCUUUCGUUGCAUCGUCGCGAGGCAUGCGUGGGUGCGAUUGUCGGUGUCCAGCGAGAGACGUCGUGUCGAAUAAACACAUUCUCUUUGCCCCCACAGAGGCCUCGCGCAAUCCAUCGAAGGUUUCAAAAGGCGUCAACGGCGAAGAGGUCAGUCGAACUUGCGGCACCCCUGAGCCUCCAGCGCAUCUUCGACGGAAACCCAGCAACCGCCAACCCCAGCAGCAGAACCCCCCUGCUGACGCAUGGGCCACCAGUGGCCCUCCCCUCUACACCAACUCACACAUACCCUCCUCCAGCAGACAAUUCACUCUUGCCUCUUCCCCCUACGCCAACGCUGAUGCCUCCUGUUCGGCCCGUCGCGGCGCUGAUGGAAUCGCUGACGCAUCAUCCGCCAACCACGCCUCCGAAGAUGAAUUGGUGAUUGGAGACACGGUACUUCGUGGCAGUGAAGUACUACGGUCCCGGACCCGCGUCAUCGUCACAGUCACCCAGAUCGAACGGCGUAUUCUUCACGCCUACCAAGAGCGUCGACGGUACUUCCUCCUGCACUCCCGUGAAGUCAUGACUUCUUCCCACAGUCCCCGCCACCGCCGCCUCUGUACAUAUUCCUCUGGUUUUAAGCCCUUCCGCCCGCCAGUUCUCCCAGCCGCUGUUGCUGCUGCUAUUCACUUUUGUUUUCUUGGUUUUUCGGUGAAUGAUUUUCCUCUACUCGCGUGUGCUUGUGACCACCUCGACGCUGCCUGA